GCCGAGGCUUACAGAUCGAAACGCAGUGUGUGGGAUCGACAUUAGCAGAGUAUUAACAAACCCUCACCGACCGGAAGAAGGAAGGAAAAAAAGAAAACACAGAAAAAGAGAGAAAACAAUAUAUAUAUAUAUAUAUAUAUAUUUAAAACAAAAAGGCAAGUAAAAUACUAACACCCAUCUGAAUUCUCUCAGAUCGGAUCGUCUUGUUACCUCUCGUCACGUAGGGAAAAUGUCGUCGACUUUCAGCGGAGAUGAAACGGCACCGUUCUUUGGCUUCAUCGGCGCUGCAGCCGCACUCGUCUUCUCCUGCAUGGGAGCUGCGUACGGAACAGCGAAGAGCGGGGUAGGAGUGGCUUCGAUGGGAGUGAUGAGGCCGGAGCUGGUGAUGAAGUCGAUCGUUCCGGUGGUUAUGGCUGGAGUGUUGGGUAUUUACGGUCUCAUCGUAGCCGUCAUCAUCAGUACCGGUAUUAAUCCUAAGGCCAAAUCCUAUUACCUCUUCGAUGGCUAUGCCCAUCUUUCUUCUGGUCUCGCUUGUGGUCUUGCCGGCCUCGCCGCUGGUAUGGCUAUUGGCAUCGUCGGUGAUGCUGGUGUUAGAGCCAAUGCACAACAGCCAAAGCUUUUUGUAGGGAUGAUUCUCAUCCUUAUUUUUGCGGAAGCACUUGCACUAUACGGUCUUAUUGUUGGCAUCAUCCUUUCUUCUCGAGCGGGUCAGUCAAGGGCUGACUAAGAGUGCAUUUUGCUUGCUGGCAAGAAUUAUUUUGUGUAUGCAUGCCUUCAUGGAGUACUUGAGCUUGGGAAGUGUUGUAAAGCAUCUCCUUUGUGAUGUAAUUUAAUUCGUAUUUAUGUACCUGGUGGUAGAUACAGAACAAGCAGUUAGUUUUACAUUUUAAAUGAAUAUUUUUAAAUAAAUUUAAGUUGUGUUUUAUUCA